AGCUAAUCAAAGCAAAGAAAUUUCUACUCCUAUUCUCGCUAACGGAGCGUGAUGCAGCCGGAGAGCUUGUAGAAAUUUAGGUAUCACUGUAUGUAUGAGUAUGUGUAAGGUGAAUGAACAUUGGAAAGUUCAGUAUGAACGGAAGAAAUUUAUUAAAUGUUAGUGGAAAUGCAUUCUUACACAUUUCAAAAUAUUCCCAUGUAGUUACAAAACAAACACCAGCCGAAUAUUGUUUCGAAUUAGUUAGAAAAUAUGAUCAUGAAAAUUUUUUAUGCACGUUAUCAUUACCAUCUAAACCUAGAUCAGCAGCAUUUGCAAUUCGUGCAUUUAAUGUUGAAGUUGCACAAAUACAAGAUCAAACAAAUGACAGUAAAAUAGGAGAAAUGAGAUUAAAAUUUUGGACAGAUGCCUUGAAUAAUACAUUUAAGGGAAAUCCACCGAGAAGUCCUGUUAUGUUGGAGUUAGCUAGGAUUCUACAAAAGCAUUCCCUUUCUAAACAUUAUUUCAAACGUUUAAUAGAUGCUCGUUUAGAAUAUCUAAAGAAUUGUACAUUUCUUGAUAUGAAUGCAUUAGAAAAAUAUGCAGAGUAUAGUACUUCUUCUAUUUAUUAUCUAGUGUUGGAAGCAUAUGAUAUUCAUAAUAUUAGUGCAGAUCAUGCUGCUAGUCAUAUGGAAGCUGUAUUUCAGGGUCAAAUCAGUCAAGAUCUGCAAAAUGUAAUAUAUGAUGUUGCUUGUUAUGGAAAACAGCAUUUAGACACGGCAAUAUCCCUUAAAAAAAAACUGCAAAAGAAUAUAGGCUUAAUUUUUUUACCAGUAGUGCCCCUAGAGCAGUAUUUAGGUGAACUAAGAAAAACAGAUUUCAAUGUAUUUGACAAAAGAUUGCAGAAAAGGAAUAGUUUACUACCUAUAACAUAAUGAUUACAAAAUUUGUUGUAAAUUAAUAUAAUAUAUAUUUAGAAAUGCCAAAAAAAGGAUCAUUUUUUGAUAGGAAAAUAAGUGUACAUAUAGUAACCCAUUGAUAAGUAGAAGCAAUUAUUUAUUUAUACAUAGGUGAUUAAUUACAUUCAAAUUGAAUCUAAA